CAGCAGGUCAACAUUAAAAUUAACCUGCUAUAUUUUUUAUAUAGAUCGAAAACUCUACUAUAACUAAUCAUAGCCAAUAUAAAGUACAAUCAAUUAAAGAGAGACUAAAUAUGCAUCGAGCAUGUGAACUGAUUAAGUGAUUGGCCAAUUUUUUGAGUCACCGACGCUUACCUUCAACGGUCGAUUUAAACCGCCCGCCGCACUUUCAUUGGCUCUCUGGUGGGGCGCGCGCUGAGCGCCCCCACCUCUCCCGACCAGCCACGAAGUAGCUGAGGGUUGAGGGCAUCGGGAAAGGUGGGGAAGUUCUGAGCCAGGUUAAAAAUAGGCAAAUAUUGGCGGUUAAACAUUCAAAUGUCGAGAGGAACCAUGAAACGAAACAAAUAAUGCCGAAAUGAAGUUAUAAUGCAUGAAAAUAGUUCAGUCUCAAUCAAUGGGCCUUGCCGGCGAGCGGGCCGCUGGGCCUGUGCGCGUGCGGCCCAGCAGAGCUGGCGAAUUACGGUCUGCUUGGCUAGCCUGCGCCUCUUGCCGGCGAGCGGCUGCCAUCUUGGCUUGGAAUCAUAUUUAACGGCAAUAAUAAUCAAUUAAUUCCACAGCGUUUGGGUUCUAACGCGGGCUCAAACUCAUUCCACACAACAGCGAAGCUUUAAUUAACAUAAUGCAUGUUGUUAUUCGGCCGCCUUCGCGCCUCAACACUCCAAAAAAUAACUAUCCGUUUCCCGCCUGCCAUGCAGCUACAGUCACCGCACUUCUGAGCGGGUUUUGAGGGAAAACAGGGGGCGGCGCGUGUUCGACCUCAAGGAAGGACUUCAGCUGUAAUUGUUCAAUCAUUUUGGCCGUUGGCACACUCAUCUUUCGCCCUUGAAGAUUACUUUAAUGACGUACUCUCCAGUCACACACAUUUACUCUGCGUGCACGUGGCCUUUCCCACGCGUCAAGCUCGCUAGAUGGCGUUGGAGUUUGCCAGACGCGGGAACCCAGGGCGUGCAUAUUGGCCGCCACCUCUCACAAAACUAAAAUUGGUUAAGCUUUUUGCUACGCUGAUUUGGUUGUUCAGCACGACAAAUUAAAUCUUUUUACGCCCAAAAAUGUUAAGGAGCGGAAUUAAACGCGAAAACGCAGUGGAAAUACAAUAAAAUUUAAAUUCAGCGGUGGCGCCAUCUAUUGGUGGCUUCGGGCACUAAGGACUCUCCCAAUAAACGACUUAAAUACAUAUAAUCAAAAUGGCCGACUCGAAUUUUUUUCCGAUUAUUUUAAAAUUAACCGGUUUUUUCAAUUGAAAUGUUUAUCAAAUUAAUCGAUUAUUUCCUUACAAAUCGACUAUUUUCGCAUUAAUUAUAUCUAAAAACGAUCAUAGACUCUUGCAAAUGACAUUAAAUCAAUCAACUUUUAAUAUUUAAAAACAGGUUUUAUACCGGUUUCAUCCCAAUCACUAACCGUGCCCGACCUUCCUCAACUGACCUGAAGGUGGCACGUGAGAUCGGGAGGGAAACAUCAGCUGAUCAAGUAUAAACAGUCUGGGUCAGCUUCUUUUCGAGUGUCGCGUGGUGUUUGAGUCAGCGUAAAACUAAUUUGUGUUUAAUGCACUUGGAGAAGUCGGAAAAUUCCGAAAAUGCCGUUUUACUGCACCUGUUACCACGAGGAUCCUGAUCUUGUGAGACGCAAUUUGGUGUGCCCAAAUCCAAAUUGCACGUUACUGAUGUAAAAAAAUCUUUAAUUGAAUUUUCACAAUUUUUGAAUUGAAAAUUAAUUUUUAGAAGGCAGGCUCCGCAAGGCCCGCGUUUUCACCGACCUGCUCAACAAGCACUGCCCUAUGCCAACCCGGCCUAUAACCAGGAUAAUGGAAAUCAAAAUUAUCCGGCUUUUCCGAGAAAUGUUCCAGUUCCCCCGAGACACAUCCAGCCUGGAAUGUUCCUUGUACCUGAAGUUCCUGCAGCCCCACAGAAUUUUAAUCCUUGUGCUCCUCCUGCCCCUCGUCGUGUGCGUGCACUUUAUAAUGUAGAGCCUGGCCGACCACCUGCACUCAUGGUCGGACAAAAUCGUCAGCAGAUGAACCGGCCUGCUGCUCGCCCGGAAUUCCAAAUUCCGCCUCCUGGGUUCGGGUACAUAGCGCCAAUAAUGAGUGAAAACUAUAGCUUUAACGCAUCACGUUGCUCUUGGUGCAAAUUGAAGUUUGGCGUUCUCACUUUCGAGAGGCUCACCCUUCAAAAUAAUAGGGCCGACGUUUGCGAGCUGUGCCUUGCGAGAACACAGAUGACAAUGGAAAGAAUUUUCGGACGCAUCGAAUUCGAUAAUAAUCGUAACAAUAAUUUCAGAAACAUAUUCGAUUUCACAGAGACAGGCAGAGUUCUUGGAUACAUGAAUGACAUGGUCCAAUGCAACCACUGCCCGAAAAAAAUACCGAGAGAAGAAAUAGUUCCUCACGUAAUUGACAUUCACAACGGCGGUGCCUUUUACAAAUGUCCUCGUAACUGCGAAAACUACUUCAGAAAUGAUCAGAUAUUGCAGCACUCCGAACAAUGCGUGCGCCAGUGUAUCAUCUGUGUCGCCAAUGGAAAUUUGAAUGCGCCACUAAAUCUCAUUAGUCACAUCAAAGCAGAACACUGGCAGUACGCUAUUUGUGGCAUCACCGGCUGCGACGGAGUUUCCACCGAGCCUGAUAGAAUGUUCAAUCACAUGAUGGAAAAUCAUGUCUGGAGACUUCAGCAUGUCUAAUUCGUCUGCUGCGGUUACAAAAGUUCCUAACCAACGAGUGAUUCGCAGCAAGAUUUUUUGUCAUUUUUCCAACGCAUGUUUUAGUCCUGAUUGACGAUGUACAUAUGACCGACCUAUCUGUGCAAUAUCAAUAUACAAACCGUAGUGGAACAUUGUAGAACUGUCUCAUGACUUUAAAUUCAACAUGAACUACCUAACAUUUAGAUUAAACCGGGAAUUUUAAUCUGUACAGCUAAUAUUGCAAGAAUAUUGAUUUGAGAUAGCGUUUAAGCGGCGGAAUUUUCGCCAGUCUUUUCAUCCCGCCCACUUUUAUGUCUCUCUGCAUCGCACGCUCGAGUAAGCUGAUCGGAGUGAAGUUAGCACUUGGAGAGGUAUAUGACAUGGCGAUAACUUCACUUUUUUCAGAUACCUCGAGCGCGCGAUGACAAUACCAGAAUCAACAAGUCAACUACAGGAUUGAAAGGUCAAUUCCAGGAUCAACAGUCGAUUCCAGGAUCGACCAGGAUCUUUCCGUGCAUUUGUCGUGUACCAGAAGAGCACUGGG